AUGGCCCUCCGCGCGCUCGACAACACGCUGCCGGCCGCCGUGGCGGACCAGCGCCCCAAGAAGGCCGCCAAGCUGCUCUCCCCCACCGGCAGCGGCGGCAACGGCAGGAAGCAGCAGCAGCGCAACGACGAGAACUCGGCGCCGCUGACCAAGCCCGCGUCGCCUGUGGCGGCGGCCGCGGCGGAGCCGGCCGUGGAGUACGUCCGGUCCGAGGACCUGCUGCCCGUGCCGGCGCCCAAGGCCCGCGCCGCCGGCCUCGUGGCGGGGCUCGACUCCAAGGACUGGGUCAAGGUCUGCGAGGCCCUCAACGACGCCCGCCGCCUCGCCAUCCACCACCCGGCCCUCCUCGCCCCCAUCCUGGAGAAGGUGGUGCUGGGGAUCGUGAAGACGAUGAAGAACCCGCGCAGCGCGGUGCUCAAGACCUCCGUCAUGGCCUGCACGGACGUCUUCACGGGCUUCGGCAACCUCAUCUCCUCGGCGUCCGCGGACGCGUUCGACAAGCUGCUGCUGCAGCUGCUGCUCAAGGCGUCGCAGGACAAGCGGUUCGUGUGCGAGGAGGCCGAGAAGGCGAUGCGCGCCAUGGCCACCUCCAUGCCGCCCCUGCCCCUGUUGAGGAAGCUUAAGUCGUACGUCCACCACGCCAACCUCAGGGUCCGCGCCAAGGCCGCCGUCGCCAUGGCGCACUGCGCAGCCAGGAUGGACGUGGAGACGAUGAAGGAGUUCGGCCUGCCGGCGCUGCUGCAGGUGGCGGCCGAGCUGCUGAACGACCGGCUGCCGGAGGCGCGCGAGGCCGCCCGCAGCAUCGUCGGGUCCACGCACGCCGCCUUCUUCUUCUUCAAGGAGGCCGCCGAGAAGGAGCAGGAGCAGAAGGAGAAUGAGCUCAAGGAGGAGCAGGAAGAGGGGAAGGAGAAUGAGAACGACGAGAAGGUGAAGGAGAGUGAGGAAGAGGAGGAGAAGAAGGAAGAGCCGUCGGCCGUGGCGGCAGCGUGGGAGAGCCUGUGCGCGCUGAGCCUGUCGCCCAUCUCGGCGCAGGCCGUGGCCAAGAUCGUCUCGCAGUUGCAGGCCCAAUAA